AUGACAUUACCAGUAUUACCACUAGUCCCGCAAGUUCCGCGUAUGAAAAAAAAUACUGAAAUAGAAAUUGAUAAUGUAUCUUCGACCUCAUCUAUAAAUCUACACGACCCCUCUACUUGGCCAGCAAUAAUCAAUAACCGAUUAUUGGAAAUUCUCGUUGAAAAAGGACCUCCAUCGAUUCAACAAAACAUAAAAUUUCCUACAAACACAGACAGCGAUGGAAGAUCGUUCUCACCGUCACAAUACUUUCGAAUAUUACCAAAUGGUGAAAAGAUUGAAAGAAAAUGGUUGGUGUACUCACUCAAGGCAAACAGCACAUUUUGUUAUUGUUGCAAAUUAUUUUCCAUUAAAUCAAUGAAAUUAACAGGAAAAGACGGAUUUUCUGAUUGGCGACAUUUGGCUACACAAUUAUCCCGACAUGAAUCAAGUAUUGAUCAUAUGUUCAAUUAUCAAAAGUGGAAUGAAUUGAAAAAAAGACUUAGUAAGAAUUGUACUAUAGACUGUGAACAACAACGAUAUUUUGAGUCGGAGAAAAGAAGAUGGCGUGAUAUUAUCACCAGAAUUGUUGCAAUUGUACAGUAUUUAGCAGGACAAUGUUUAGCUUUUAGAGGUGAUUCUGAUGUAUUAUAUGAACGAAAUAACGGAAAUUUUCUAAAAGGUAUAGAAAUGCUGGCGAAAUUUGAUCCAAUUAUUUCAAAUCAUAUCAAUAAUAUUCAAAAAAAUUGUACGCCAGAUGUAACGCAUGUUGAACAAAUUUCUUUUGUAGCCAGAAUAGUGGAUAUGAGUACAUCUCCUAUUGAAAUUAAAGAACUAUUUCUUGGGUUCUAUCCAGUAUUGGAUGCAACUGGAGAAGGAUUGUUUAAUUUCUUUACCAAUGAAUUAUUAAGUACUUAUGAUUUAGAUGUGCAAAACAUACAUGGCCAAGGAUAUGAUAACGGAUCCAAACGAAAGUUGCAGCAAAUGCUUUAG